AUGAACUCCGCAAUCGAUGCGGCUUUCGACCUCGGCGUUACCACCGUCGUCGGCGCAGGCAACGACGGUCAGGAUGCGUCCGCCACGUCGCCCGCGUCUGCCGGCAAGGCCAUCACCGUCGGCGCCGUUGCGUGGAACCGGUCCCGCUCCGACUGGAGCAACUACGGCCCGGACGUCAACAUCUUCGCGCCCGGCGUCGACAUCCCCUCGCUAUGGAAAGAGCUUGAUUCGGCCGACAAGCUAUCCUCGGGGACCUCGAUGGCAACCCCCCACGUGGCCGGGCUCGUCUCGUACCUGCAGAGCGUCCACUCUCUGGCCAACGCGGCAGCCGUGGUGAAGAAGCUGGAUGAGCUUGCGUUGAAGGGUGCGGUGGGAAAUACCGGGGCCGGUAGCUCGAAUGCUUUGGCCUUCAAUGGGGCGGUUUAG